GGCGGCGACCCGCCAUGGAGAAGGCGGCGGCGGCGGCGGAGCUCCGGCAGGGCGCGCUGGUGCCGCUCACCGCCAUCUGCCUGGUGAAUCUCUUUCUGACUGGGAAAAUAGAAAGUGCUGUUACCUCACUAGUUGCUUGCAGUGGAGAACUCGAACAGCACACAGAGAGACGGGGCGUCAUCUACAGCCCUUCCUGGCCACGAAACUAUCCUCCAGCAGUAAACUGCAGCUGGUACAUUCAAGGAGAUCGUGGAGACAUGAUAACAAUUAGUUUUAAGAACUUUGAUUUAGAAGAAUCUCAGAAAUGUGCAGUAGAUUGGUUGAUGAUUGGCCCAUCUUCCAAGAGAGAGGAGUACAAAGUAUGCGGAUCUUCCAUACCUCCAUCUUUCAUCUCUGCAAGGGAUCAUGUUUGGAUAUUUUUUCACUCAGAUGCAUCAAGCUCAGGACAGUCUCAGGGAUUUCGCCUUUCUUAUAUUAGAGGAAAGAUCGGCCAGGCUGCAUGCCAGUCAGAUGAAUUCCAUUGUGCAAAUGGAAAGUGUAUUCCCAGUACUUGGAAAUGUAAUUCCAUGGACGAGUGUGGGGAUAGCUCAGAUGAGAGAAACUGCACUGUUCCUCCAACAGAGCCUCCGUCCAGCAUCUGUCCCUCAGGAACAUUCCAGUGCAGUGUAGCCCGCUCCACCAAGUGCUUGAUGAACGAGCUGAGGUGUAAUUCAGUUAAAGACUGCAGCGAUGGUUCAGAUGAAGAUAAUUGUCCUGAUCUUUCCUGUGGCAAAAGGCUGGGUAAUUUUUAUGGAUCUUUUGCUUCCCCAGACUUAUUCCGUGCUGAUCACAGCAAAUCAGACCUUCGUUGCACGUGGUAUGUGGAUACACAAGAUAAUCGACAUGUUCUGUUGCAGCUUGAUUUGCAGUUAGGCUACAAUGACUACGUAAAGGUGUAUGAUGGCAUUGAAGAGAGAGGCGAUAAAUUACUGCAAACAUUUUCGUUUCACAACAAUAGGCAUCCAGUGAGCGUGGAGUCAUCAAAGGGCCAGCUCACAGUCUCGUAUCAUGCUCGCUCAAAGAGCACUGGCCAUGGAUUCAAUGCAACCUACCAGGUGAAAGGCUAUUGUCUUCCUUGGGAACACCCCUGUGGAAGUGAUGAGGAGUGUUUCACGGAUAAGCAACAUUGUGAUGGCUGGUGGCACUGUCCAAAUGGCAAAGAUGAGGAGAACUGUCCAGCUUGCCAGAAGAAUGAAUAUCCAUGUGAAGGAAAUAGUGGGCUUUGCUACUCAAUACUUGACCGCUGUAAUAACCAAAAGAACUGCCCAGAUGGCUCAGAUGAAAAAAACUGCUUUACUUGCCAGCCAGGGAAUUUCCAUUGUGGGACAAAUCUGUGUAUCUUUGAGACUUGGCGCUGUGAUGGUCAAGAAGACUGCCAGGAUGGAAGCGAUGAGCACAACUGCCUGGUGAUUGUUCCCAGGAAGGUCAUCACGGCUGCUCUAAUCGGGAGUCUCGUGUGUGGCCUGCUGCUGGUGAUAGCACUGGGUUGUGCAUUUAAAUUAUAUUCCCUGAGGACUAGAGAAUACAGAGCAUUUGAGACCCAGAUGACACGACUUGAGGCAGAAUUUGUGCGUCGGGAAGCUCCACCUUCCUAUGGGCAGCUGAUUGCACAAGGACUGAUCCCCCCAGUUGAAGACUUCCCUGUGUACAAUGCAUCACAAGCCUCCGUGCUGCAGAACAUCCGAACAGCCAUGAGGAGGCAGAUGAGACGUCACUCGUCACGACGAAGCUCGUCUCGGCGGCGCCUUGGCCGACUCUGGAACAGACUCUUCCACAGACCUCGGGUGAGAGGACAGAUCCCGCUCCUGACACCUGCCCGCACUUCGCAGACGACGUUGGGUGAUGGAAUCAUCAACCGCGCUGAUGGGACUGUCAGGAGUUCUCCACCUUCACCUGAAGGACCUACUUUAGAGGCAGACGCCCACGCCAGUGACCUGCAAGAAGCUGGAUGUAGCACCUUGCAGCCGGAGACUGAAAUCACAGAGCCAUCGCCUUCGAAUGUCUUAGAGAACACUUGCACUGCUGCGCAAGCAGAGCCUGAGUCUGGACACGCUGAUAAAUCUGUAGGUGCUGAGACCUCGGGCAGCGAGCUCAAGCAGCCCAAUAAAGUGGAUUCAGGAAAGUCUUUCAGAGAUCCUUUGUCUGAAAGUGUCACAGAAGCGAUCCAUGGAGGGUCAGCACCCAGGAGGACUGUCCUAGAGGGCAAUAAUUUAAGUAGAAGUCAUCCACCAAGUGAAGAGCCAUGUAGGUUACCCUUAAAGUGGGAGUCUGCUUAUUCAGAUAGCCCCUUGAAUGUUCAUAUCCAAGUGGAUGGACAAAGCCGGUGUUGCCCUGGCUCCCAUCGGGAGGAGCCUUUGGGUAUUCAUGCGGCUUGUUGCCAUUCUGUGGAAGUGCCAAUGUUAGAGUCCUCUGCUCCCCUCUCUGAAAUCAGUACAAGUGAUGAUGAGUCUUUACUUGUUUGCUAGUAGAAGCUUUUGUUUUGACCCUGUAAACUUUGUAACUUCAUUGUUUAUAUGACUGUGCACUUUGAUUUUAGGUGGUUUCUGCUCUCAGAUUGUCCAUCAAAACUGGUGUGCUUUAAUCCCCAGGAGUACAGCACAGGACUAAAUGGGACAAGUUUUUCUUUGUUGCUAUUCCUGAAACUCCAGUGGGGGCAGAAGUAGGCCAGUAUGUGAUGUCAGGGGCUCAGAGAGCAAGAAUAUGUCACUGUAGUUGGGAGGCAUCUCCACUGUUUAUUUCUUCUAUGCUUUAUUUACUUUCCAUUCAGGGAGUUGGUAUUUCUUUACUUUUUCAAGUGGUCUUACAGAAAUUAACACUGUUGGAACUUGGAGCAGGCACCAGUUGUGACUGUGAGUACCAGUCGAGAAAUAACAUUGUCCUUUUAGGCAUCAUUAUUUAACUAAAAUUUAAUAAUAUCAUUAAAAUUUUUGAGAGGAAAUAAAA